AUGGAAGCAACCCCAUCCUUUCGAAGAGUGCCAGGGUCCGAGGACCUGCUCCUCCAGCACACGCCUCACGCUGCCAGUGUCUCCGCUGCCAUUAAGGCGGCCACUGUGCGCUUUGUGGCAAAGGCACCGGAAGAGGUUGGGAGGGAUGUCGUGGCCCAUGUCGUGUCACAGGGAGGUGACCCCGGGAACAGCAUGCUGGUGCUCAGCCAGAGUACCAUGCAGUUUGGCAAGUACCGGGUUCAAACCUUGCAGUGGCUGCUGACAAAUGACAUGGGCUACGCUGUGUCCCUGGUGACCAGCCACCAGAGGGAGCAGGAGGGUGACAGCUCCAUGGCCAACAAGGACGCCCUGAUCAGCUAUGCCUGUGCUUUCCCUGACGUUGCCUCGGCUGUAAGGGAUCAGAGAGCACAGGACGUAGCCCGGCUGCGGUCCUCCCAGCCCAGUCAGGAGGACCUGCGCCUUGUGGCCUUUGGGGUGCACAAGGACCUCGCCUGGAGGGAUCUGCGUGCUUGCCACUGGAGAGCAGCCUCUGUCUGCGUCCGAGGACACCGAAGGUCGUGCCUCGUGCACCUUCAGCUCAAGGUGCUUCUUCCUGAAGCAUGGAAGCAGUCGCUGCCCAAGGAGCAGCACGAGUGGAUCGCCAGGGCUCUGUUCAUCAGGAACAGGAUUGGGAAGCUGGAGCUGACCUCGGACCUGCGUCUGUGGUGGUUCCCUCCCCAGCCCCGGCUGAUCCACAAUCAGCCUCCAGCAUCGCCAGGCCCCUUCUGCCAUCCGCUGUUUCUCUGGAUGCCCUGCCGCAUGUGGGCAUUCAAGCUGACGUGCACCCAGCCCGAGUGCCUCGGCCACAAGCUGACUGGCGUCGGGCUGUACAAGACCGUCCGGAGGGUCUUGAGCAUUGACGGCUGGUACGACGUGGCCACGGAGUACCUGGAGUGCCAUCGGUGCAAGAAGAAGGUGGCUGGCUGGUCCAGUCAUGUGCUGAAUCAGCUGGAUCCAGCUCAUCGGAGCCACUUCCCGGCGAUUCUCACGUACGGGGUGCUGAGGCUGAUGCGGGAGCGCACUCUGGGAAACAGUGCCACCCAGCUGUACAAUACACUGUGCGAACAGCACAGCGAGGCCUGGAUGCAGCGGUCCCUUCAGUACCUCGCUGAGUUCGAGCCCUUCUUGGCCUAGGGCAUCGUGCAGCCCAACAUCAUUGCACCCGCUCCCAUGCUG